GAGUUCAAGCUCCCAUCGCCAGUGAAGGACUAUACAUCACCAUGAGAGUUUACAACAUGCUACUGAUCACAGCUGUGAUUACAGUGUCCGCUUUGGCAUCAACCAGCCAGGCUCACGCUCACGCUAACGCUCAUCCUCACGCUCCCGAUUGUACGGAACACUUCAGUGGUCUUUCGUUCCCCGAUCCCAUUAGCUGUUCAAGCUUCUAUGUCUGCCUGCGCGGACGUGCACUGAGAAGAGAGUGCGCCCACGGCCUGUUCUUCGACCCAAAAACUCAAAUCUGCAAUUUGCCGCUGCUCGUUGAAUGCCGCGAUGGUGAUCGCAGCGGCUCUAUAGUCUCAGGACAGGACAAAGCACCCUGUGACAAGCCUCAGCCAACGCCGCCUAAGCCAGAGCCGUGCGACAAAACGACAACACCGCCUUGUGAGCCAGAGAUAACAACGCCUUGUGCCCCAGAGACAACACCCAAGCCCGAGACAACUCCUAAGCCGACAACAACACCCAAGCCCGAGACAACUCCUAAGCCGACAACAACACCCAAGCCCGAGACAACUCCUAAGCCUACAACAACACCUAAGCCCACGACAACUCCUAAGCCGACAACAACGACCUGUGCUCCUGAAACAACACCUGCCCCCGAGCCAGAAACAGAAGCACCUUGUGCGCCCGAGACAACACCGCCAUGUGAGGCAGAGACAACACCCAAACCGACAACAACCCCCAAGUCAACAACAACUAAGGCGGCAACAACUCCCAAGCCGGAGACAACUCCUAAGCCAGAAACAACUCCCAAGCCCGAGACAACUCCUAAGCCGGAAACAACACCCAAGCCCACGACAACUCCUAGGGCGACAACAACGACCUGUACUCCAGAGACAACACCUGCUCCAGAGACAGAAGCGCCAUGUGAGCCAGAAACAACACCGCCAUGUGAGCCAGAGACAACUCCCAAGCCGACAACAACCCCCAAGUCAACAACAACUAAGGCGGCAACAACACCCAAGCCUGAGACAACUCCUAAGCCGGCAACAACACCCAAGCCCACGACAACUCCUAAGCUGACAACAGUUCCUUGUGAGCCAGAGACUACACCACCAUGUGAGCCAGAGACCACCCCGCCAUGUGAGCCAGAGACAACUCCCAAGCCGACAACAACCCCAAAGUCAACAACAACUAAGGCGGCAACAACACCCAAGCCUGAGACAACUCCUAAGCCAGAAACAACUCCCAAGCCCGAGACAACUCCUAAGCCGGAAACAACACCCAAGCCCACGACAACUCCUAGGGCGACAACAACGACCUGUACUCCAGAGACAACACCUGCUCCAGAGACAGAAGCGCCAUGUGAGCCAGAAACAACACCGCCAUGUGAGCCAGAGACAACUCCCAAGCCGACAACAACCCCCAAGUCAACAACAACUAAGGCGGCAACAACACCCAAGCCUGAGACAACUCCUAAGCCGGCAACAACACCCAAGCCCACGACAACUCCUAAGCUGACAACAGUUCCUUGUGAGCCAGAGACUACACCACCAUGUGAGCCAGAGACCACCCCGCCAUGUGAGCCAGAGACAACUCCCAAGCCGACAACAACCCCCAAGUCAACAACAACUAAGGCGGCAACAACACCCAAGCCUGAGACAACUCCUAAGCCGGCAACAACACCCAAGCCCACGACAACUCCUAAGCCGACAACAGUUCCUUGUGAACCAGAGACUACACCACCCUGUGAGCCGACAACUCCACCCUGUGAGCCAACCACAACCUCUUGUGCGCCUACAACGCCACCUUGUGAGACAACAACACCACCUUGUGAGACAACAACACCUCCCUGUGAGACAACAACAGAAGGAAUAAUUGCAAUUGUUCUUGCUGAGCCCUUGAGGUCUCUGCGCGAUUGUCGUGGCGUGGAGGAUGGCACACUUUUCACAGAUUCCAGACACUGCCGCCGCUUCUAUGUUUGCCGUAACAACCGCGCCAGGCAUCAAGUCUGUCCAGCUGGCCAAUGGUUCGAUAGUGAAACAAAGACCUGCCGCAAUAGUAGGUUGGUUACCAACUGCUCGGCCCAGCGUAACUAAAUGAUCAUUUUGACAUUGAGAGACCAUAGCAAUUGUACCCGGACUAAUUCUCAAACAACUCUUUCAUCAAUACUUUAUACGCCACUAAAAUUAAUUGUAAGCCAGCAAAUAAAUGUUAUAGCAGCA